AUGACGCAAACAACCAGCGGCUACCAACCAACCCCACUCAAGGCUGGCGUCUGGACCCCUCUCGCUACCCCCUUCGACUCGAAUGAAGAAAUCGACUAUGCUGCCUGGAAGAAGCACGUUCUCCGCAUCGCCUCUGCUGGCUCUGGUCUCGUGAUCAUGGGUACCAACGGCGAAGCUAUCCACCUGUCUUCCUCUGAACGACACGAACUUGUCGCCUCUGCUCGUCAAUACCUUUCCGAAGCUGGUCUCUCCUCUACCCAGAUCAUCGCCGGAACUGGUGUCGGUUCCGCCAAGGAGACGGCCGCUAACUGCAUCGAUGCAGCUAGUGCCGGUGCAGAUGCAGCGAUCGUCAUUCUCCCUGGCUACUUCGCCGGAGGUCUCGGCAAAGACCGUGCUGCAAUGCAACAAUUCUUCACCUCUGUCGCCGACAAAUCCCCUAUUCCAGUCAUGAUCUACAACUUCCCCGCAUGCGUUGGCGGCAUCGAUCUCGACUCUGACCUUAUCAUCUCCAUCUCCCAACACCCUAACAUCUGCGGUGCAAAGCUCACCUGCGCCAGCGUCGGUAAAGGUGGUCGUGUAGCUGCCGCAAUCAAGCGUCCCGGUUUCCACGUCUGGUCUGGUUUCGCAGACAUCAUUCUCCCUUCCAUGUCCGCUGGGUUUAAUGGAGUUAUUGCUGGAUCUGGUAACAUCAUUCCCAGAACCCUCGUUCAUCUGCAUACCCUCACAAACGAGGCACUGGAGCAGAAGGACUGGGAGAAGUUCGCUCAGGCCCAGGAACUGCAAAAGGUGGUUAGCCAUGCCGAUUGGGCCAUGUUCAAGGCUGGUAUCCCCGGUACAAAGUGCGCUUUGGCAAGGUGGUACUAUGAGAUGGGUAACUGUAGGAUGCCGUUGCAACCAGCAAGUAAGGAGGUUUUGGCCAUGUUGGAGAGCGAGUUGAAGGAGGCAUUGGAGUUGGAGAGAGGUUUUGAGAGGCAGGCUCGUGUUACUCCUGCCAGGGCUUAG